GGGUGGCCCAAGCCAGUGCUGCUGUCCUGUGGGAUGGCUCUUGUGUGUGUCGGCCUAGGAGGGUUUCCCGUCAGAUGGGCUAGAUUCUGGGAAAUCAGCGUGGAGAGUGUUGUGCUGCUCAUGCUGGCCAGCUGCCUCGCUCCAGUCUCUCUUCUGCACAGCAUGUCUGUCCGUCCUUGCCAAGGGGAAGGAGCUUGCUGCUCUGUGCUGUGGGAGAGGGUGCGCAGGGAGCUAGGCCCUGCUAGAAGCUGUCCAGUGCUGUGCCAGCUCAGUGCAGCCAGGAGGGAAAGCAUUUGCUGAGCGUUGGGCUGCUUGUGGGAAGUGCUUCCCUGGAGAUGAGAGCAGGGCCUGAGAGUUUCUACACUACUGCUUGUAUCUCAGGAGCUGCAGCCUGUGGUUCCAGGGACCCUGCAACAGGAUGGGCCUGGCCUGUGGGCAAGAAAAUCCUGGGUGAAAGGACAGUCCCUGACCUACCACAGAGCACCAGGUACCAUGCUGAGUAGGCCUAGGAGCCCUGUGGGGCAGUAGGGGUCUGACUGUGCAGUUCUCCACAUUUCCACCAGGCAAUGGCAAACCCCACCACAGCCAAUCCGGGAUGGAAUAUGCUCAGCACUAGAUUCCUCCUUGACUCCCCAAGCGUGCCUGGUUCCUCCAAAGUGUGACCAUGACCCUCCCUGUCCAUUGAUAAAAUUCUGUGUCAGCGUCCUACUUCUGCUUAAAUGCGUCACUGCUGCCUGGCUCUCCCUCCUCUGCCAGGAGCCCUGUUAUCUGUAACAGCCCCCUUCAGUACCUCUAACGUGACCCUUUGCCUCCUUGCUAGGGUCUCGGGCAGGUUUUCAAGCUUCACGUGUGAGCCUUGGCUUUCUGCCUGUCUUGGUUAUAUUCUCUCUGCACUAAUAGUCCGAGCUGUGUCACUCUCCUUGUCCCCAAGCCCCUUCCUUGCCUUUCCUCUCUCUGUGCCCCAGGCUGCAGGCUCUCCACCCUAACUAAGCUUCCUUUAAACGGGCAGUCGCAGCAGACACUUCCAAGGCACCAAGCAGUGCUCUAGACUAGAGAGUGAUUUGGUUUGGUUUGUAACAUGAAAUCCUCUUGAUAUGUCAAGUAGAUCCCUCUCCUCCUAUGGUCUGACUGUAAUAACCAUCCUGGUCUGCUUCCCUUAUCCAGCAAGUUUACCCUGAAAAUGGCAGCUACAGCAGGUAAGGUUUCUCAAAACAUUGCUGUUGGAUCAGAGCAGUCUAGGCUGUUACUUAUCUAAAGCUGUGUCUACAUUGCCCCUUUAGUGCUAAAACUUCAGUCAUUCAGGGGUGUGAAAAAACACCCCCCUGAGCAACAGAAGUUUUAGUGCUGAAAAGCGCCAGUAUGGACACAGUGCUUUAUUGCUGGGAGCUGCUCCUUCACCGUGGUUAUUUUUUAUCGCCAGGAGAGCUCUCCCCGGCAAUAAAGUAUGACUGCACUGCCUGUGUACUGCGCUGCCAGGGCUGCUGUAAUGUGGGCAGUGUAGACACCUGAACUGCCCUUGUUGAGUAUAACUGUAGUAAGGUAUAAUGAGGGGCACUGGGGCUUCAGCCAGGGGCAGGAGCUCCUACUGCCCUGCCCGUUACUCCACUACCCCCCACCUCAGUCCACCCUCUACUGUUUCAUUCUGGUCCCCUCACCCAGUUUUGCUAACAUACCUUGACAUUCUGCACCGCUUACUGGUCCCUCCGGACGGGGACUGAAUGUCCUAGACACAGUGAGUUUUCAUAUGUCUAUGUUCCAGGCUCAGACAUUGUUACUUUGAGAAGCCGUGUGGCCAAAAGCCACCCCCACCUCUAUUUCGAUAAUGGGGAAGGCUGGGAGAGGGUAGGGUGAAUUGGAUCAGCAGCAAUUCGAUGCAUUUCCGUUAGUCUGAAGUGUUGGGGGUUAGUCUAGAACUGAGCUAACUCCUCUAGCCUGGGCUGACCCAGUGGCAGUAUUUUAACAGACUUCUAGCUUCCUAAUACAAUUUAGCCGUUGAAAAUGAGGAGUCAAUGCCAUGUACCCCUCACUUCAGUGCAGACCCUGAGCAAGUGCCGCAUGCUGCUGUGUGGCCUACACAGUCCCUGCAGCUGCAGUAUCUAACCCCAGGCUGGUCCAGUGCAGGGCUAGCUGAACUGGUAAGGGAGUCAGUGUGUUUGUGUGUACCGUGAAAUAUCUAACCUGCAACUACCUCUAUUUUAUUCUUUAAAACUUGCAUUUUCUGCUAGUCUGGACUGACAUGAUGUAUCCACCUUAAUUAUUCCUGGGGAAUGCAAGUUCUGCUUUCAGUUUAUGCUAUGUCCAAUUUCAAAUUAGGAGAUGGGCUAGCAUGCGUGUGGAUCUAAACAAAGCUAUUUUUGAGAAAUAAAGAAACUCUUCUAUUAAAAAUUCCAUCAACUCCACAUUGCUUAAACUAAAAGAUGGGGGAGACAGAGAUCUCAGGCCCUGACUGCAAGCUGUAGCCUUUGUCUUGUUUCUGCAGCUGAUUCACAGGCCUCUGAAAAUUUGAGGUUACAGGGGAAGGUGCUGCUGCUUUGCUCUAGGAAUGCUUGGUGCUGUAUGGAGGCUGGCUGUGAGCCGGAGGAGGCCCAUCAAACCUCCCUCUGUAAAAUCCAUGCUUUGCACUAUACUGAUUUGCAGGCUCUCUUCUCUAAGAACGCCUCCUGUGAGGCCAAAUGUGAUGUUUCUGCCCUAUAAGAGAUGGGACUUGCAGGCUGGCUUCGGGAAGGCUGCACCCUCUAACGCGGGGAGCACUGUGUGUUUCUUGCCCUGGGUGCCAGAUUAUUUGUGCACUCCUGAGGAAAACGUGUACAAGAUAGAUUUCACCAGGUUUAAAAUCCGAGACAUGGAGUCUGGCACUGUACUGUUUGAAAUCACCAAACCACCUGCCUCAGAACGUGAACAUGGUGAUAAAAAGGAUGUUGACCCUAAUGCCGGGCGGUUUGUACGCUAUCAGUUCACCCCAGCUUUCCUUAGACUUCGGCAAGUUGGAGCCACGGUAGAGUUCACAGUAGGGGACAAGCCCAUUAAUAACUUCCGCAUGAUUGAGAGGCACUACUUCCGGGAUCAGCUGCUCAAGAGCUUUGAUUUUGAAUUUGGGUUCUGCAUCCCCAGCAGUAAAAACACUUGUGAACACAUCUAUGAAUUCCCACAGCUCUCGGAGGACCUCAUUCGAGAGAUGAUCCUUCACCCGUAUGAGACACAGUCGGACAGUUUCUACUUUGUAGACAACAAGCUGGUGAUGCACAACAAGGCAGAUUAUUCGUACAGUGGAGGACCAUGAAUACUGAGUGGACAGCAGAGCUGUGCUAGCCUUUCCUUUCCUGUAGAAAUUGUCAGGGAUUCUACCACCUUCCUGCAGUUGACUUGCAAGGUCAGCUGAGCACAGGUCCAUGAACCAAGGACUCUUUGCUGUAGUAGGAGUUUCAUGACUAAACUUGUUGAAGUCUUUCAUCUUCCCUGAGCUUUGAAGCAGAACCCAGACCUUCAAGAACUCUAAACACAGUUCCACUCCAAUGAAUGAUCUUUGGUCACCAGAGUCUGAGGCUCUUUAAAUAGCUCUGUGUAAAAAUGGCUUGAUAUAUUAUCCAGUUAAUAUCAGUACAGGAAUUCUCUGCCCAAAUUCUCCAGAUCCAUUUUUUCAUUAUUAAGCAUCUCUUUGCACAAUUGCUGUCUCUUAGAAUGUGGGGUGGGAGAGCCUGUGAACAGGCAGAAGUCUAAUGCAAAUACAGAGAUGCGUAUCUUUAUCUGAUUCUGUUUAUGAAUGCUUCAAAGGGCACAGUUUUAAUCCUAACUUCAUUUGUACAUCCACCUAAAAAUGUCUGUCUUUCAUCCUGAGAAGCAAGAUGUAAGUGUGAUUUUAGAGAAAGAGCCUCUCUAAAUCUAUAACUCAGCACAUGUUUUACCUCCACAUAACAUUUCCUGUAAGAUAUCUUGGAAACAAUGAAACUCACACUGAAGGACAGUAAUUCAAUAACGGGUCUGUCUUCAACUGCCCUUUUUUUCCUGUUUCUGUUAGAAACCUAGGAUUGAGGGUUUGCAAGUCCCCACAAGUGUUGUCCUCUUUCGUUUGAGCUUCUGUGUUCUUUGCUGAAUCAUCCAGUCAAGAAGUAGAUAUGUUUUUAGUUUAGCUUGGCAUUAUCAGGCAGUUAAUGUUCAGCCUAUACCUGGUGUAAGCUUUUCUUCCCUGAAUCUAAUUUCUUCUUUAGCUGCCUGUAUAAAGAAGUGUAGCGAGACAAGAUGCUUCAGGAGGGUUGUCAGAGGAAAGUAGUUUCGUUUGUCCAAAGUGAUUAGAGUGAAUGGACUUUCUGCUUUUUCUUUUGUGUCUGAAUUGAAGCAUUUUAUGGUCAAGUGUGUUUGUUUUUUCUUUUGUCCAGAAUUUUUUGGACCAGCUAUUAAUUCCUCAGAGACCAUAUGUUUGACACUGCGCAUCUACGGGCAGUGUAUAACAGACGUUAUCCAAAAUGAUGGCUCCACGUCCAGUCCUGCAUAAGGAGUUUAAGAACUGUUUUGCACCAGUUUUGCAUAGUAUGCUGCUCUUGAGAGCAGGGAAGUGGAGGGGAGAGGCAAAGGCAAGCUAAUAAAUCACAGAGAGAAUCUGCUGUAUUGUACAUUAGAAUAGAUGAAAAUCAGUGAAAAGGUCCAAAAUGAACAGAAGCAAAGGAUGAAAGCUUUCUUCCUUUUAUUUGCAGGUGACUUAUGGUCAUGAAACCCUCACUCAAAAAAUUUGGUUCACUGAUAUCAGAAAAAUUAAGCUUUGCAGUUUAUAGCUGUUUCUAUAAAUACAUUGUCUUCAUGUCUAAUUCUGUGAGUUAAAUGGAACAUUAUAUGUUAGCCUCAGACAAGUGUGAUUGUAAUAAUUUUUUAAAAUACCAUUUCCAGUUGUUACGAACGCCUUUCCUCCAGUCACUGCCUAAUCAACCAAGAAAAUUGCAAACCAUUCCAGUUGUAGCCAUCCGUCAUCUGAAAAGGGAGGCCUUCUCUGUUUGAACUUGGUUGGCUUGUUUUUUAUGUUUGGCAGUUGAUUGUUCUCUGAGGCAACUGCAGCAGGUUAGGACACAACACAGAUUAUUUUUUUUAAAUUAACUGUAGCCAAAGUGUGUGUACACAGUUCACUGCUAUAACAAAACAGCAAAUACUACCCAGAUGAGACCUGUCAUCAUUACUUUUUUGUACUGUAUCUAACUGCAAAAUCAGCCUAGGGCUGACUUAUAUAUUUUAAAAUGGUUACAAGGAGUUUUCCCAAUUAUUUUUAUAGUAGUCUGGUCAGCCAUGUAUCAUAGCACAACGAAUCAUCAGAAAAUGAAAAAUAGUUUACAAAAAAUGGACCAGUUAAUUUUUUUUUUCUUUUUGUAUCAGGGCUGUUAAACUGUCUUGCAAAUCAAGAGACUUUCCAACCUCAUGGAAAUAUUGAACAGCUUUUGAAAUAGUCAGUAUGUUUAAAUAUAUAAGAAAAUACAUUAUGUGGAGACAGUAGAGUGUUUAGCCAUUACUCCAUGUACUUUCCCGUGUACUAAUAUCUUCCAUCACUCAUUCAUUGUCUGUAUUAACCUCUUUUGUGCUUAAUAACAGCAGCUACAUACAGCACGUGUGCCUGCCCAGCACUGCCAGACAAACACAUUCCAGGAGCAGUGAGUUAAAAUGUCACCAUCUUGUAACAUCUCAGUCCAUUGCUGUGAGAGUGGUGUCAGUUCCAUGUCAUCUGUUAGCCCAUCUUUUCAUUUGUCGGGUUGUCAUCUCAAGGAUCCUCUUGGUAUGUGAUGAUGUAACAAGCCAUUUGGGAAACACUCAAAUUCAUUAGUCCCCAGCUCCUUUUUACGCUUUCUGUGCUAUCUCUUGUUACUGUUUUUAAAGAUUCCCUUGAAGUGUUAGUUGAUUAUAGGAUUAAAGAGAUGAUAUCUUUUGAAAUAGGAAGUGGCUGAACAAAAUAUGCUGUGGGGGUUGCCUGCCUUUAUAGGAACAAGAAGCUGGAGAAAAGGUACUUCAUUCCCAGAAGUGCAAUAAGUUACAGAAUGAGCUUCUUGGUACAUUGAAUUUUAUUGCAAGUGGGAGGUUAAGCAUAAAAAAGAAUGAAAUAUUCAUGACCGGAUUCUGGGACUAGUUUGGCAAACUGUGAUCACAAUCCAUAUUCUGGAAGAGGGGAGAGGGUUAUAUUUUCAGGCUAGAAAACAAAUCCAAUCAUGAUUUAUGUAGAUAUGUUUAACAGCUAGUUAGUUUGCCCAGUCCUAGAAAUAAAAAUGCUGAUAUCCUUUAAAACAAGAGAGAAAUUUUCAGCCAUUUAAUGGAGUAAAUUACUAGAUCAUCUUUUGGCUUUGUUUUUUCAGUGGCUGCUUUAUAAAUUAUUCUUUUUAAAAAAUCAAAUGUGGAAAAAAACUGUCAAAGUGCUAAUAUUACAAGACAGCCUGUGAUGCAUUUCUGAACUCUUGAGACCAGUUUAAAGCUUUCUUUAGAAGUGUUAUGAACACAGAAUUUUACAGUCCACUGUAACUGUCAUUCUGUAGUUGCAAACAGUUUUUCACCUAGAGAGCUGUAUGCUGCCAUAAAUUGUUUCCAACUUUUAAAUAAUCUAAGAUUAAUAAAAAAAGAAAAAGAAAGGCCUUGGAUAAUGGACAGGUUCCAUUUCUACUCUGGCUGCUCAUGCAGAAAUAUGCUGUGUAAUAUUGAUGCUACAUCCAUUGCACAUGAUAUCUGUGAAAUACACAGGAAAAAUCUCAUAGGAGCUUUUCCAAUAUAUUCAUAGUUCUAGUGCCAUUUCAUGAGGAAAUUAAUUUUUUCCUUCUUCUGGGGCUUAUUUUGUAACAAACUUCUAAUGUUUCCUCUGAUCUUAAGAUGGGUCACUUUUUUGAGAUAUGAAGGAGCAGAGUUACACAUGAAAGAAACUGCCGAUAAGAGACCAUUUUAAAACCAAAUGCUUAUAAGAUGCCUUCAACUACCAUUGGUUUGAAUGGGAAUUAAAAGCACUUGGCACCCUUCUAGAAUCCGGCCUAUGACUUCUUUUUAAAAUUGGUACCUUAUUUUUGGCAAAAGGUAGAACUGCAAUUAAAAACAUUUUUCAUUUAUUGUUCCCAGAAGGCUCUUAGUUACUUUCUAUGUAGCUGUUACUCUAUUGAAUAUUAAUCCAUGCUGGGUUUACCUUUGUGUUUAGGCUAUGAAAUCCUAGCUUUCCAGAGGGGUAUUGCAUUCACUUUAUACCCAGCAGGUCAAGCCAAGACAGUACAUCUUAAAAUUGGGGUGUUCUAGUUACCCUCUUCCCCAGCCCCACAUAUGAUUUUAAUAGCCACUUUCUCAAGAAUUCCAUGUAUGCCAGUAUCAUUUGAGAGUCUGGGACCCUAGUUUGCAAAGGUAUAAAGGAUUAUCUCUAAUGUUUUUGAUUUGUAAGCCACUGGCUAUUAAAUGUUGGAACUGAAGUAAGAUAAGAGUGAGAGUGUAAUCAAGAUGACCAACUUUUAGAGAUUAGAUAUUCCUUAUUACUAAUAUAUUUAUCGUGUCUUUUAUUAUUUGUUGAAUUAACUUUGUAAACCUCUUAGUACUCUCUUGGAACACGUUAAUAUUUUACCUCCACUGUGGUUUGCUUAAGUGAAGUUUGAUGCUGUUGGAGUUUCUGCCGUUGCUAACAUUCAUAGACUUUAAGGCCAGAAGGGACCCUCAUAAUCAUCUAGUCAGACCUCCACUGACGUUACUCUUCUUUAAUAAGGAAAUAAAUUAUGUCUCAAUUUAGUUAUUGUAAGUGGACAAAAUAUUGGCCUUCAUCUCUUUUCUAGCUCUUUAUAAUUUAAGUUCCUUGGAAAUAUAGGGAGGUUUUCAAAUAGUUUAUUCAACAGCAAAAAUAACUUACAGUAUACGUGUUAAAUUAAAUUAUGGUCUGAUAUUUCACAGAUUGCUCUAUUAGAAGCAUAUAGUUGGAACAGGACAAAUGCUUUCAAGACCAAUACAUUUUACAUGCUCUGGCUUUGGACCAAUGAUCAUAAAGAGAAAAGAUUCCUGCAGAUAUAGUACAUGUCCUUUAUGCAGUGAGAUGGUUUGUGCAUUAGUUGACUAUGCCAUUAUCAUCGUGGAUUGGGGAGGAUUUUUAAGUCUGAUUAAAUGUAGGUAGUCUCUUCAUUUCAAGAUUAAAAAUAAGAUGUUAUGUUAAUGUUCUUGCUCGCAGUCUCUUUUGUAAUAAAGUCUUGUUGUAUGAGCAGAUCAGUAAGAUGGAACUGCUUGGCUUGUCUGUCAGCCAUUUGGCUCACAAUGAAAAUGAUCAUACAGGGUAGCAAAAGUGCAACCUGCAGCUGCACAUAUCUUUAAUAUAGAGAUACAGGCUAAAAGUCCCAACAUGCAGUGCUUCAUCUUAAUCCAGACUGCCUACUCACUUGCAUCAAGGAUGGAGCACUGUGCAUCAGAACCUGGUCUCCAUGGGUCAAACCUUUGUUAAAGAAGAAAACAAGUGCGACAUGCUCCAUCUUAUGCCAGUUAAAUGCAACCCUUGGGCUCAUAUUCAUAUGAAGUGGCCAGUGCUGCCAUUGGUUGUAAAGUUUGAACACCCUGUACUAUUAUAAAAGACAAUGUUGAAGGGUGUGUGUGUGUCUAUUAAACUACCCUCUUAGAUCGUGAAUGCUUGGGGGUAGGAAUUGUUUGUUUUGUUUGAACAGCAUCUGUCAUUUAGUUAAUGCUCCUGACAUUCAACCUUCAUGCCUCCUAUGUAUUGUAAGACUAACCUGUUAAUAAAUAUCCAUCAUCUCUGUGAGAAGUUGUUGGCAAAUAGCUCCAGUUAACCAGGUCUGACUAGGAGCUGGAUUCCAGGAACCAGUGCUACCACUUGAAAGAAACAGAAGUGGAACAACUGAGAAACUACAUGGUAGAUUUUGGUUAACUGGGGCUAAGAACUGUAAAGUCCUGACAGCUUUAAAUGUUCUUCUGUUAAAUGAAAACCUUAGCUCAUAGCUUCUGUUAGCAAUUGUUUUUCUAAACCCCAAAUGUAAGUAUUAGUGAAGUUUACAUAAAUGUUUUAAAAUCAGAUUUAUACUUAAAUUCUCCGACAGCUAUAUAUCGACUUGCAAACACAAGAGUGAUAUGCUGGGCAUGAAAUGCCAGAUGCAUUAUCUUCUGAAUCACAGCAUAGUCUAAACAGAUGGUACUGUAUAUUUGUAGAUCCAUGUAUAUGAUUUAGUGAACACUUCCCUAGAAUCACUGUGCUAAUGCCUACUGUAAUGUCUGCUUUUACUUUAAUGCUACACUGAGAAUACCUAUCUGAAUGUGACUAUUUUGCAUAAAUCAGAUUGGAUUGUCUGUAUUAAAAUAUGUAUUUAUAAAAUAAAAAUAUAUUUUUGGUGGAAGGAAAGUAAAAAUCUAGGGAUAAUUCCAUUGGGAAAAUAUUAGCAACAUUUUUAUCAAGUUUAUUUUAUAAAUGUUUGUGUCUUGUUAGUUGUCUAACUCGAGUUUCCAGUAAGAACAUCCACUGUAGCUCACUUAGUGGAAACACAUUGCUGAAACUGAGGGAAACUGAGCAAGUUGCCAUGGAGACUAUAAGCCCUGGCAGUCAGUCCAUCUGACUGACAUUGGUUUGAGCACUUAGUUUGCUUUAUUUGUUUGCAGAGGCUGAAAUGGGGGGCGGGGGGGCAAGGAAGAGAGAGAGGAUGAGAAUAAUUCAGAAUAAAGAAAAAUAGAAUAUGAUUUAAGGUCUCCCUAUAGAAGGUAGGAGUGUAGAUGUUAAAAAUAAUGAACACAAGGAGUCCAAAUAGUGAGUGCAUACACUCACUCAAAACUAAUAUUGCCAGUCCAGUCAUCAGUAUUUACAGGUUAGGGAAUAUGCUUAAAUAUUUCUAUUAUUUUGGAAAAGGUGUUAAAAUAUGUAUCUUUCAUUAGCAAGUAUUUCGUUUCCUGUAACAAACUGCAAAAUGUUUUAAAAAAUUAAAAGUAAA